CGAGGAGACGGAGGACGCUGAGCGGCCGGUGCUGUGACUUCUGCAGUGCGGUGGGGGCGCGCGCCCCCGGCUCCCUUCUCCCGUCCGUGCGGGCAGCGCCUCGCGCCCCGCCGCCGCCAUCAUGGUGAAGGAGCAGUUCAGGGAGACCGACGUGGCCAAGAAAAUAAGCCACAUCUGCUUUGGCAUGAAAUCUCCAGAAGAGAUGCGCCAGCAGGCUCACAUUCAGGUGGUUAGUAAGAACUUGUACAGCCAGGACAACCACCACUCUCCACUGCAGUAUGGAGUACUGGACCAUCGUAUGGGUACCAGUGAAAAGGACCGUCCAUGUGAAACCUGUGGGAAGAAUCUAGCUGACUGUUUAGGGCAUUAUGGCUACAUUGACUUGGAGCUGCCAUGUUUCCAUGUUGGGUACUUUAAAGCUGUCAUAGGCAUCUUACAGAUGAUCUGCAAGACCUGUUGCCGUAUACUGUUGUCCUCAGAGGAGAGAAAACAGUUUUUGGAUUAUCUGAAGAGGCCUGGUCUGACCUACCUGCAGAAACGGGGAUUGAAAAAGAAAGUCUCUGAAAAGUGCAGAAAGAAAAGCACCUGCCCUUAUUGUGGCGCUUUCAAUGGUACUGUAAAGAAGUGUGGCUUAUUGAAGAUAAUCCAUGAGAAGUACAAGACCAAUAAGAAAGUGGUGGAUCCAAUAGUGUCCAGUUUCCUUCAGUCCUUUGAAACUGCCAUAGAACAUAACAAAGAAGUAGAAUCCUUGCUGGGGAGAGCUCAGGAGAAUUUGACUCCUUUAAUGGUGUUGAACCUCUUUAAAAGAAUCCCAGCGGAAGAUAUACCUCUGCUUCUGAUGAAUCCAGAAGCAGGAAAGCCUUCAGACUUGAUCCUGACACGACUCCUGGUACCUCCAUUGUGCAUCAGACCCUCUGUUGUGAGCGACUUGAAGUCUGGCACCAACGAAGAUGACUUGACGAUGAAGCUUACAGAGAUAAUUUUCCUCAAUGAUGUAAUCAAAAAGCAUAGGAUAUCGGGAGCCAAAACACAGAUGAUAAUGGAAGACUGGGACUUCCUGCAGCUGCAGUGUGCCCUCUACAUUAACAGUGAGCUCUCUGGAAUUCCUCUUAACAUGGCACCCAAGAAAUGGACUAGAGGUUUUGUUCAAAGACUCAAAGGGAAGCAGGGUCGGUUUAGAGGCAAUCUGUCCGGAAAGCGAGUGGACUUCUCAGGCAGAACAGUCAUUUCACCUGACCCCAACUUACGAAUAGACGAAGUGGCUGUGCCUGUUCACGUUGCCAAAAUAUUAACAUUCCCUGAAAAAGUGAACAAAGCUAACCUGAAUUUUAUGAGGAAACUCGUACGGAAUGGUCCCGAAGUUCACCCUGGAGCCAAUUUCAUUCAACAGAGGCACACACAAAUGAAAAGGUUUUUGAAAUAUGGAAACCGUGAGAAGAUGGCUCAGGAGCUCAAGUAUGGUGACAUUGUAGAGAGGCAUCUCAUAGAUGGGGAUAUAGUUCUGUUCAACCGACAGCCCUCUCUGCACAAGCUGAGUAUCAUGGCUCACAUAGCGAGAGUAAAGCCCCACAGGACCUUCAGGUUUAAUGAAUGUGUCUGUACACCAUACAAUGCUGAUUUUGAUGGAGAUGAAAUGAAUCUUCAUCUUCCUCAAACAGAGGAGGCCAAAGCAGAAGCACUGAUUCUCAUGGGGACCAAAGCGAACUUGGUAACACCAAGAAAUGGAGAGCCUUUGAUUGCUGCUAUUCAAGAUUUUCUUACAGGUGCCUAUCUUCUCACACUAAAAGACACCUUUUUUGACCGAGCCAAGGCCUGUCAAAUUAUUGCUUCUAUCCUGGUUGGCAAGGAUGAGAAGAUUAAAGUUCGCCUUCCACCACCAGCAAUUCUAAAGCCUGUAACCCUGUGGACAGGAAAGCAGGUCUUCAGCCUCAUUCUCAAACCUAGCGAUGACUGUGCUGUGAAAGCCAAUCUCCGAACCAAAGGAAAACAGUACUGUGGCAGAGGGGAGGAUCUGUGUAUCAAUGAUUCUUAUGUUACAAUCCAGAAUAGCCAGUUGAUGAGUGGCAGUAUGGACAAAGGAACCUUAGGAUCUGGAUCCAAGAACAAUAUCUUUUACAUUCUGCUGAGAGACUGGGGGCAGGUAGAGGCUGCAGAUGCUAUGUCACGGCUAGCCAGGCUUGCUCCUGUUUACCUCUCUAACCGUGGGUUCUCAAUUGGGAUUGGUGAUGUAACUCCAGGACAGGGACUGCUAAAGGCUAAAUAUGAACUUCUGAAUGAUGGCUAUAAGAAAUGUGAUGAAUACAUUGAAGCUUUGCGCACUGGUAAGCUGCAGCAGCAGCCUGGCUGUACCGCAGAAGAGACAUUAGAGGCCUUAAUCCUUAAAGAACUCUCUGUGAUCAGAGACCAUGCUGGCAGUGCCUGUCUCAGAGAACUAGAUAAAAGUAACAGUCCCCUUAUUAUGGCUCUCUGUGGUUCUAAAGGUUCCUUUAUUAACAUAUCGCAGAUGAUUGCCUGUGUAGGACAGCAGGCUAUCAGUGGGUCACGUGUGCCUGAUGGAUUUGAAAAUAGGUCUCUGCCUCACUUCGAGAAGCACUGUAAGCUUCCAGCUGCAAAAGGUUUUGUUGCCAAUAGCUUCUAUUCUGGCUUGACUCCGACUGAGUUCUUCUUCCAUACGAUGGCUGGUCGAGAAGGUCUAGUUGAUACAGCUGUAAAAACAGCUGAAACUGGAUAUAUGCAGAGACGGCUGGUGAAAUCUCUUGAAGAUCUUUGCUCUCAAUAUGAUCUCACUGUCAGAAGUUCUACUGGUGACAUUAUACAGUUCAUUUAUGGGGGAGAUGGCUUAGAUCCUGCCGCUAUGGAAGGGAAAGACGAACCUUUGGAAUUCAAGCGAGUCCUGGACAACAUCAGAGCAGUAUAUCCAUGUCAAAAUGAACCAGCUCUUAGUAAAAAUGAAUUGGUGUUAACUGCUGAGUCCAUCAUGAAGAAAGUUGAAUUCCUUUGCUGCCGGGACAGUUUCCUACAGGCAUUAACUGAGACAGGUUAUGAAAAGUAUAAUGAGGAGAUUAAAAAAUUCAUCAAAAGCGUUUCUGAAAAGAUCAAGAAAACCAGGGACAAGUAUGGUAUUAACGACAAUGGCACAACAGAGCCACGUGUCUUGUACCAAUUGGAUCGAAUUACCCCAACGCAGCUAGAGAAGUUUCUAGAGACCUGUAGGGACAAAUACAUGAGGGCACAGAUGGAGCCUGGCUCUGCAGUAGGAGCUCUGUGUGCUCAGAGUAUUGGUGAGCCUGGCACACAGAUGACUCUGAAAACUUUCCACUUUGCUGGUGUUGCCUCGAUGAACAUCACUCUGGGUGUUCCUAGAAUCAAAGAAAUUAUUAAUGCCUCCAAAGCAAUCAGCACACCUAUUAUCACAGCACACUUGGACAAGGAUGAUGAUUCUGAUUUUGCCCGUCUGGUUAAGGGAAGAAUUGAGAAAACUCUAUUAGGAGAGAUUUCAGAGUACAUCGAAGAAGUGUUUCUUCCUGAUGAUUGCUUUAUACUGGUCAAGCUCUCUCUGGAGCGGAUUAGACUGCUGAGACUAGAGGUGAAUGCAGAGACUGUGCGAUAUUCUAUCUGCACAUCUAAGCUAAGAGUGAAGCCUGGGGAUGUUGCCGUUCAUGGAGAGGCAGUUGUCUGUGUGACCCCUCGUGAGAAUAGUAAGAGUUCAAUGUAUUAUGUCUUGCAAUCCCUGAAAGAAGAGCUACCAAAGAUUGUAGUGCAAGGUAUCCCAGAGGUGUCUCGAGCGGUCAUUCACAUUGAUGAGCAGAGUGGCAAGGAGAAAUACAAACUUCUGGUGGAAGGUGAUAACCUACGAGCUGUCAUGGCCACCCAUGGAGUCAAAGGAACUAAGACCACUUCUAACAACACUUAUGAGGUAGAGAAAACACUAGGGAUUGAAGCUGCUCGAACAACCAUUAUCAAUGAGAUUCAGUACACUAUGGUAAACCAUGGUAUGAGCAUUGACAGGAGGCAUGUUAUGCUGUUAUCAGAUCUGAUGACAUACAAGGGUGAAGUCCUGGGCAUUACUAGGUUUGGGCUGGCAAAAAUGAAGGAAAGUGUGUUAAUGCUGGCUUCUUUUGAAAAGACUGCAGACCAUCUGUUUGAUGCUGCCUACUUUGGGCAGAAGGAUUCUGUGUGUGGUGUUUCUGAGUGUAUCAUCAUGGGAAUUCCAAUGAACAUUGGAACAGGACUCUUCAAACUGCUGCACAAAGCAGACAAGGAGUCAACCCCUCCUAGGAGGCCCCUUAUUUUUGAUAACGAAUUUCAUAUUCCACUUAUCAAAUAGGAGCUACACAACACCAGUUUGCAAGAACAUGGUAUAAAGCUUAAACUAAAGUGUUUUUACUACACUCAUCUCAAAAUAAGUUUGAGCUGUGACUUGGUAAAUUAAAUAUUGUCAAAGAAGUUGGGCAGUUGCUCACUAGUUGCUGAUACAGACUUUUAAAGGAGAAUACUGGUCUAUACAGAGAAGUAGAAAUUGGUUUAAAAUUAAUGUCCAUUGACUAUGCUUAGUUGCUAAUGUGCAAGAAUUUUCCAUGCUACAGAUAUGCAUGCAACACACUGGCUGGAAGACAACUGGAGGAAUUGUUACAUUACUUAAAAUAAAUACUCCCAAAGCGUGGUGGUUGCGGUGUAACAGGAAUUGACUUUCUUUUUCCUAUGUCAUCACAAAUAAAAACAUCCAUUUUCUGACAGACUCAACUUCUUGGUGUUGGGAGUUGAGGUGUUUCGAAUACAAAGCACAGGUGCAAUGACCUUGGUGCCUUUAGAAGUGGACAUUUUUGGACUGCUGUCACUAGAGGAUCACUAGUAGAACUGGUUAAAUGACUACAAAAGGCGCAUAUAAGGCGGUUACAGCUAAGAAUUAUAUG